CGACGUCGUUCGUCAGAUGCAAUCACAUCGGUGGCGCCGAGGCUGACCAGUAUCUCUGUAGUGAUAGUACCAUCGAGCCGGAAAUUUCGCGAUGAAACCCGCCUGUCCUAGCUUGGACAACGCCCGAAAUCACUCGGGGUAGAUCGAUUACUCAACAUCUGAGAACUGAGAAGCUCGUUUCAAUCGCGAUCAAAUCCAGAUAAUCGCCACAUCCAGCUCCCCGUACACAUUAUCCUGCUUAUCUAAUAUCAGGCCUCGCUGGAUGACAGCAUAGAUCACUUUGAUCUGCCGGUACCAUGCGGCACCGCCGUACGCAACAGACGAGCAUCCUCGACUAUGUAGGCUCGAACCCGUCCAAAGCCUCGACGUCCACUCAGACGAACAGGGAGGGGCCGAUCAACUUUACCGCCACCUACCGAGGUUCUACUCAGAGUCGCGCCGAUGAAGGGGAUGAAGCUGGGGACGAAGUGGAUUCCGAAGAAGAGGGAGAGGGAAGGUUGGAUAGGUUUCGCUUGGACCAUCGGAAGACGCGGUUGAAUACGGAGGAAUUGGAAGAGCCGACCUAUGAAGGCGAGGCUUCGCGGACGAGGGAACGGAGGAGGCAGGGGAAGAAGAAGGUGCUCGUUGAUGUGGAAUCGGAGGAGGAUUUUGAGGACGAUCAGCCACGGAAACGAGGACCGCAACGUCGCCAGGACACGGCUGAUCUACCGCCGCAGAGUAGUAGUCAAGCGAGGGAAGCUAUCGGUGCCAUUACCAUCGACGUACCAUCCUCUUCCUCUUCUCGCUCCGAAUCGCCUCACAAGUCUACGGUCUCGCCCGCCGUCAGACGUCGAAGGAGAUCGGGCGUCGUGCUCUCGGGUACGAGCAGUUCUCAACAUGCUAGCAACCAAGAGCAGGAGCAAGAUGACGAUGAUGAUCCGCUCCGAACGCCCACAUCUACACAAGAGAAACCUCACCGAGUUCCGAAUUCGCAUUCGGCGAGUAAGCGUAAACGACGUCUCGUCUUGGAUGAUAAUUCAGACACUGAAGACUUGGGCCGACCUGGUCCUGGUCCAUCGACGUCGACAAACAAUAUGACCCGUUCGGCCACUAAACGCAAGACCCGGAGCGGUGGACCUGUAACUCCGACUCCUCCUUCCCCCCUCGGUUCUGAUGCCGAGAGAGUGCACGCACGGACGCGGAAAAAGGCUAGACAGGUGGAUUAUUACGAAUCGGAUGAUCCGAUGGAUCUGUUGAGCGGCCAGAAGGGUUUGGGAAAGGGUAAAGGAAAGAUGAGGGAGGAUCUCGAUGAUGCGGUCUUCGAAGCCGAGACGUCUUUGAGCCCAUCUCAAUCUCAGUCGGUCGGCCGAAAGACGAAUACGGCUCUCAGAAGUGGGGUGGGGAACGCCCGUCAAACGAGGUCGACGAAACAAGUCUCUGCGAACAUGGAGGAUGUCGCGACACAUCCGCCAGUUGGUAGACCGAAGACGAAGCUCAAGAUCUUUUCUAGCGAGUCUGAAUCUGAAUCUGAAUCUGACGCGGAACCCGAACCUGCUGUGAAAUUGCGGGGGUGGAGCAGUACGCCCUCUGGAAAUCCAGGUUCGGACGGAAGUGACGUGCCGCAAAAGCAGCGGAAGAUCAAAGGCAAGGACCUUCGACGAAAGAGGGCCCGGGUACAAGAUCCCGAUGACAGCGAGGAGGAUGAGAUCGAUCCGAAAGAGUUGUUGGAAGAGAUCGCUAUGGAUGAGCCUGUGGUCGUGAAGAGCAGGAUGAGGGAUCGAACGAAGAAGUCAGCGUUCGAACGCAAUCUCGCGAGGUUGAAACGCAAGCAACAGGCGAAACGUCUCGGGCAGCCGUAUAACGAAGAAUCGACGACGGACGAGUCCGAGGAGGAAGAAGAUGCCUCGAACGGAUCUGUCGACGAGUACGGCGAUGCUGGGCAGAUUGUUAUUGAUGGUUCGGAUGAAGGGGAGAACGUCAAGGCCAUCGGUCUGGACGAGGAAGAAGACUUUAUCGAUGACGAUUCCGAGAUAGACGAGGUAUACGAUGAUCGGCUAUUACCUGCCCAGUUCCGGAUGUCUUCUCAUCAAGACCUGGAACACCAUUUCAAAGUCAUCUCCCAAUACUUUAUCCACCUCGUCGUCACUGGCCCGAACUUUACCGAGGAAUCAGAAUCCAGCUAUUUCAAGACCGCACUCGAAGCUUUCCGGCGUCGUUUCCAGGGGAUGAAAGACUCGUUGAUCACCUCGAGCGUAUGGAAACCGGAGUUCAAGAAGAGUCUGGAGGUCUGGCCCGAGUUUAUCAUCGGGCAUUUGGACGAGGCGGUCAUGGGAUGUGAUGCGUGUCAUCUGUCGGGAAGGAUGAGCAAAUAUGAGGGGAGGUUGGAAGGGAGGGCUUAUGACCCGGAGACGUUCGAGGACAUCGACUCGGAUGAUGAGGAUGAUAGUAGUGAUAGCGGACUUGAGGACCAGGCGGAACCACCUUCCAAAGGUCCGUUCAGGUUGGGGAAAUAUUGUCAAGAAAGAGCUCGGGUGUUCCACGAGUUUACCCACUGGGAGCACGAGCUGUAUUUCGCGUACCGACUGCCUUACCGUUCGCUCUUACGUCAAUCGAACGCCGAACUAGACGACGAGCAGGAACUGGCCAGUGAUGAGGAGGUCAAAGAGGUGAAGAAAUUCGUCCCUGUCGCCGGAUUCACGAGUGACACAAUCCGGGACGGGGACGAGGUGUUGGAGUAUUUCGAGAGGAAGGGGUAUAUCAAGCGGGAAUGGCAACGAAUGAGUCGGUUGAUGGAGGACGCCCGAAACCUCGAAGUCCGGCGAUGAAAGCAAGCGUAAAUCGGCGAUGGGUGACGUGACUACGAGACAGGAUUUGAGACUAGAAGGUGACGUUGUAGCGAGUAUGAGCGUGUAAAAUAGCAAGCAGACCUGCAUAAUUCACAGUUCAGGCGAACAAACAGUGUCUACCCGUGUUUG